UCCAAAAGGACGAGGGAAGCGAGGGAGCUGGCCAGGCACUGUACACUUUAAUGGAUGGAGGAAGACAACAUGUGGACCACGAGACAAAAUCAGUUAAACUUGGUGUAUCUAGGCAAAAUUUAAUCCCUCCACCAAUCCCUAAAAGAGCGGAUAUUUUGGAACAAAUUCAAUCUUCACAUUCCAAAACUCUUCCUGCAAAGAAGAUUAAGCCGGUACCAAAACCAAGAAAAAUCAGACCAAAAUCGACUAACGUCGAAAAACAAGAUUCACAGCUGGAAUGGGUCAGUACUAUUGACAGUCACAGGGAUGACAUAAAAGAAAGCAAGCAAUGUGCUAGUGUCAAAUCAGAAGGCGAAGAAAGCUCUUUUCCGCAAUGCAAGGAAGAAAUUCGAGAAGAAAAUUCGUUUAUGUACAAAGAAAAAGAACCUGAGUUAGUAAUAAACGAAACUGAGCAAAGUGCCCAAAUCGAACCUAACAACGAAGAAACAAAUGUUGACGAUUUAGCUGAUCUUAACAAUUUGAUCAGCUUCGACAAAGAACCAAUGUCUUCUUCCGUACCCAUAAGGGACUCCCAUCCCCAAGGCGCCUGUAAAGAAACCUUCCCUUCUCUUCCAAGUUUACCAGUUACAGCUGCAAAUGACACAACUGAUUCAGCAAGAGAAAUGCCUUCUAACCACUCCGAGGUAAGAGAAGGCCUUCUUAUUGAUCUAGCAUUACAUGAAAACGUGGAAAAGCAAAAGGAAGACGCAACUCACGAUAAUGUUCCUCCUCCUCUUCCCCCAAAAGAUAUUAUUUCUAGGAAGGUUGAAGAUUUAGUACCACGUCCAGUACUACGUCCAGUACCACGUCCAAUUCCAGUCUCUCAGACUCCCACGUCCAUGCAAAGUAGUUGCGCCUCUGCUAGCAACCAUACCAUUGAUCCAAGUACUCUGACGUAUCCUUCAAGUUAUCUUAACGAGCGUACAUCAGGUUCCGAUCGUCCUGUUUAUAGCAGACCAUUUCCCACGACACUACCAAAACUUCCACCUAGACAAAUAGAAACGACGAGCUCCGUAGAAAAGAAARCUGCAUAUGGGGACGAAAUUAACGAAGGAAUAGCGAAAAUCCAGUUAGAGUUUCCUGAUAUAUCGAAAGAUACCUGCUAUGCAAGAAUACUCGAAUAUAAAGGAGAUAUUGACCAUAUUGUUAAAGUACUUCAGGUUUGUAGUUUGGCCAAUGUGACAGAGRAAGAGGCGAAUUUUCACUUAGGACAUUGUGCAUGGAAUGUUCAAAGAACUGUCAACUAUAUAUUUGAUAAUAUGAACUAAUGCGCAAUGUUCAAUAUAUGAGAAAAAAAGAAAUAUAUGGAGCAAUGUUUAGUGUAUGACGUCAAAGACAGAAAUUAGUAAAAAUAUAAUACUUCGUAUUGGAAUAUAAAGAAAAAGCUUUAACCAGUGAUUACUGAACCCUUAAAGGUGGUUUUUUUCCAUUGAAGUUUCAGCCGAUUUAAAUUCUGGAAGAUUUACGUGCUAGUCCCCCUUUUUAAAAUGAUUGAAAAGGUCUAUAAAGACGAAACUAGUUUUCGUAAUGAAUGUUGUCUUUUAAUGCCCAAAAUAUUAUUUUAUAGGUUUAAAACCUCGUAUCGUGAAAAUAAAAUACAACUCGAAAAGGAAGGUCUUAACAUAUCA